AUGGGUAAACACAGGACUGCUGACGUGGUAUCAUAUAAGACUGCUGACGAGUUACCAUAUAAGACUGCUGACGUGAUAGCAUAUAAGACUGCUGACGUGAUAUCAUAUAAGACUGCUGACGUGAUAUCAUAUAAGACUGCUGACGAGAUACCAUAUAAGACUGCUGACGUGAUAUCAUAUAAGACUGCUGACGAGAUACCAUAUAAGACUGCUGACGUGAUAUCAUAUAAGACUGCUGACGAGAUACCAUAUAAGACUGCUGACGUGAUAUCAUAUAAGACUGCUGACGUGAUAUCAUAUAAGACUGCUGACGAGAUACCAUAUAAGACUGCUGACGUGAUAUCAUAUAAGACUGCUGACGAGAUACCAUAUAAGACUGCUGACGUGAUAUCAUAUAAGACUGCUGACGAGAUACCAUAUAAGACUGCUGACGUGAUAUCAUAUAAGACUGCUGACGAGAUACCAUAUAAGACUGCUGACGUGAUAUCAUAUAAGACUGCUGACGAGAUACCAUAUAAGACUGCUGACGUGAUAUCAUAUAAGACUGCUGACGAGAUACCAUAUAAGACUGCUGACGUGAUAUCAUAUAAGACUGCUGACGUGAUAUCAUAUAAGACUGCUGACGAGAUACCAUAUAAGACUGCUGACGUGAUAUCAUAUAAGACUGCUGACGAGAUACCAUAUAAGACUGCUGACGUGAUAUCAUAUAAGACUGCUGACGAGAUACCAUAUAAGACUGCUGACGUGAUAUCAUAUAAGACUGCUGACGAGAUACCAUAUAAGACUGCUGACGUGAUAUCAUAUAAGACUGCUGACGAGAUACCAUAUAAGACUGCUGACGUGAUAUCAUAUAAGACUGCUGACGAGAUACCAUAUAAGACUGCUGACGUGAUAUCAUAUAAGACUGCUGACGAGAUACCAUAUAAGACUGCUGACGUGAUAUCAUAUAAGACUGCUGACGUGAUAUCAUAUAAGACUGCUGACGAGAUACCAUAUAAGACUGCUGACGUGAUAUCAUAUAAGACUGCUGACGAGAUACCAUAUAAGACUGCUGACGUGAUAUCAUAUAAGACUGCUGACGAGAUACCAUAUAAGACUGCUGACGUGAUAUCAUAUAAGACUGCUGACGAGAUACCAUAUAAGACUGCUGACGUGAUAUCAUAUAAGACUGAUGACGAGAUACCAUAUAAGACUGCUGACGAGAUAUCAUAUAAGACUGAUGACGAGAUACCAUAUAAGACUGCUGACGUGAUAUAUUAUAAGACUGCUGACGUGAUAUCAUAUAAGACUGAUGACGAGAUACCAUAUAAGACUGCUGACGUGAUACCAUGUAAGACUGCUGACGUGAUAUCAUAUAAGACUGAUGACGAGAUACCAUAUAAGACUGCUGACGUGAUACCAUAUAAGACUGCUGACGAGAUAUCAUAUAAAACUGCUUACGAGAUACCAUAUAAGACUGCUCACGUGAUAGCAUAUAAGACUGAUGACGAGAUAGCAUAUAAGACUGCUGACGUGAUACCAUAUAAGACUGCUGACGUGAUAUCAUAUAAGACUGCUGAUGAUUAA